UCGCUGGUUGGACAAGUUUCUUGUGAACAGAUAAAACAACACAAGUGCGACAUCUGGCGGCUCCAAGAGAUAUGGCAACUCGCACCACCAGGUUGAUGCUUGGGUUUGGCGUGGCGCUUUUACUACAGGGUCUAGCGGCAGUACUGCUAGGCAGCUCCGCGGAGUACCUGCACAAGUCGCAAUUUCACGGGCUUCUGGCGCCCAUCUGGAGCGGGUGUAUGGCGAUUGCUACCGGACUUUUUGCGGUUUGUAGUGGAAAGACACCGUACCACAAAUGGCUGAGACAUUGGGCGCAUGCGCUGAGUUUCGUGACGUGUCUCGUUGCCAUAGCAGCCCUGGUUAUAGGCAUCAUGGGAGUUGUGGCCACGUGCUCUGGAGCCGUCAACAACAGACUUCCCACAAACCUGUGCAGGGAAAGAAAGUCGCUCCACGUGGCCGCUCUGUGCCUGGCGAUAGGCACGCUGGUCGCGGCGGCGGCUUUGUUCAUCACCUGCUGUACCUAUUACGUCACCUGUCCAUCCUGUUGCAUCACCUGUCCAAGCUGUGACGUCACCUGUCCAACCUGUGACGUCACCUGUCCAACUUGUGACGUCACAUGUUUUACCUGCAAGGGCCUUUGUGAUUGUUGCAGAAGUUGGAAAAAACGAAGACAAAAGGCCCCGCCUGUGGGGGCGCCCCUACCCAGCCAGCGGGACACGGGAGGAGAAGAGGCUGUCCAGGAGGAAAUGUUUGAGCAUGCGCACGAGAAUCCCUACGUGUAUCCCGACGACCCUCCGCCCUACUAUAUCCCGGAUGUACAAGUAGAGAUCGACCAAUUCGAAAUGUCUGAAAUGUCUAACCAAGAACUAAAGAAAACCGUACAAGAAGUGGACCAACUCGAAAUAUCUGAUAAAGAAGUUAAGAAAACCGUACGAUUUGUAGACCAGGACCCGGGCACAACUUGAUUGUAAUGGUAAACUCACAAUACUCAACCAGGAGCCUGGUAUUGCAGUUUGUGGGAACGCAAAGUAUGAUAUAAAAG